CAAGUUAAAUUAGCUUUGUGCGGAGGAACCACAAUUUCCGGCAUUUUGCUGAUUUUUUCCCCCCCUAGGCAACAUGCGAAGGCCUCGUCGCGAGUUCGGAAGUUAUCCCCGCACGUUUCCUCGACACAAAAGGCUCAACUUUUGUCCGUGAUCCGGCCUGUAAGGCGUCCCCUUUCCCCUUGGCGGUCGUUCGGUUCAUCUUCCUCCCGCUCUGUCUCGCCUUUGUUCCUCUGUUCAACUCAUCGCCCUCUUUCUGUGCUCAGACAUCCGUCGGCCACUCGCAGCGCCGGUGACAGCCCGAACGUCCCAGAGGCCACCCGCAUCUCUCACCGCUUCAGGGCACUGCGCAUCUCUGAGAAGCGUAGAAGCGAAUAAGCCAGUUGAAUUCAUGAGAUCUGAAGCGAGCAGCUGGCUGUGGGGCUGCCAACGAUUUGCAUAAGAUAUCGAUAUUAGUUCCUUUGGCUUGUCUAGAAAAGUUCCAGGGUUGUCCUCUAUGGGCGCUCCUAAGCAGAAAUGGACAUCAGAAGAAGAGUCGGCUUUAAGGGCUGGUGUGGUUAAGCAUGGUGCAGGAAAAUGGCGCACCAUACUAAAAGAUCCUGAGUUCAAUGUGAUCUUGGCUUUGCGUUCUAAUGUUGAUUUGAAGGAUAAGUGGCGAAAUAUGAGUGUUACAGCAAAUGGGUGGGGUUCUCGGGAAAAGGCUAGACUAGCACUAAGAAGAAGUCAGCAGCUUGUAAACCAUGAUGACAAUCCUAUUGCUGUCGGUUCAUCAGUCACUAACCUUGAUGAAGAGAUAGUUGAUACAAAACCUUUAGCAGUAUCAAGUGGUGUUUUGCAAAUAGCAGGCUCAAAAAGGCCUCUAUCAAGGCUUGACAGUAUCAUAAUAGAGGCUAUAACGAAUUUGAAAGAGCCUGGUGGAUCAAACAAGUCAGCUAUUGCUCUCUACAUUAAGGAUCAAUAUUCGGCUCCACCAAGCCUCAAGAGGCUUUUGUCUGCAAAACUGAAGGCUUUAACGGCAAACAGGAGGCUAAUUAAGGUAAAGCGCCGAUACAGGAUUGCACCAAAUUUGUCAAUUACAGAGGAAAGAAACUCUGGGUCGUUACUCCUAGAAGGAUCAAGGCACAAAGAUUCUUCUAGAUCAGAGAGGGAUGAUUUGAGGUUUUUAACUAAAUCUCAUGUUGAUGCCGAGCUAGCAAAGAUGAGGAAUAUGAAUGCACUGGAGGCUGCUAGGGCUGCUGCCCAAGCAGUUGCUGAGGCAGAAGCAGCCAUGGCUGAAGCAGAAGAAGCUGCAAGGGAGGCAGAGGCAGCAGAAGCUGAUGCCGAAGCUGCACAAGCGUUUGCCGAGGCAGCAGUGAUAGCCUUGAAAGGCAGGAAUGCAUCAAAAUUGGGAUCUCUUGUACAUGUGGGAAUGUUGUCUUCUUACUGUAUGCCCCAACAGGCCAUAGGCAGCGCUAAUGAUAUGAUAAGAUGGUGCAAAACUAUACAAAAAGCAUGCAUUACAUCAGGUAAAGUCUUCACAGAAGGAGUUUGAACAGAUGCUUCACGAAAGCAGUUAAGAUUCAAGGUUUUCUAUCUAGAGAAUUUACAUUGAAGGAGACUCCCCAGUUUUUCUUGUGGUGGUUUCUACAGGUCUACUUCAUUCCAAGGGAAACUUCUUAAACAUAAUCUAGAUCCACUAGUUGUUGAUGCUCUAAAGGAUCUUAAGCAACAGUUAUCUGACAAUCAAUCGAGAUAACCAGUUCCUAUUUUUUGGUGCAGUUUCCUCCAUGUUCUAUACAAGUAGCUCUGAAAACUAUUCAAUAAUCUGUAAACCUUCUUUAAUUUAUGUAAAUAACCGUAGAAAUGCAAUGUAAGGUAAAAACAGUGACUGAUAAAAUUAAUUUGAUCGUUUCUUGUUUGAUGCA